AGGAGCCGCCGCUCCUCGCCGCUCGCAGCCCGGGCUCCCGGCUGGGACCGAGCCCGGCCGCCCGGUCAGGGGCACCCGAGUCCUCCGGGGGCAGCGCCGUUCCCAUGGUGUGAGGCGGUGGAUGGAGAGGGGCGCGGAUGACAGCCGGCACCGUGGUCAUCACCGGGGGCAUCUUGGCGACUGUGAUUCUGCUGUGCAUCAUCGCCGUGCUGUGCUACUGCCGGCUGCAGUACUACUGCUGCAAGAAGGGGGCCUCUGAGGAGGACGAGGAGGAGCCCGACUUCGACCCGCACCCGGGCCUGCCGCCGCUGCACUCCAACCGCCACCUGGUGCUGACCAACGGGCCCGGCGCCUUCGGGCAGCCGUCCCCGCGGGCCCGCGCCCUCCGCCCCGGCUGCUCCCGCUGCGAGCCGCCCGCCGUGCUCCUGCAGGAGCCCCAGGACCAGGGCGUGCGCAACGGCGGCGAGCGCGUGGCCUACCGGGCCAUCAGCCAGGAGGACGUGGAGGGGCCCCCCGCCUUCGGGGGCCUGCAGCCUCUCAACCCCAACCGCCUCUCCGCCAUGCGGGAGGCCUUCGCCCGGAGCCGCAGCAUCAGCACCGACGUCUGAGCGCCUGUCCCUCCGCCCCCCACCGCUCCUCGCCCCC